CAGCAAUCUCGAAAUCUCGGCUAUCAGUACUUCAAAGAUGCUCCCUACGGUGUACCCGGGAACAGUGACGCCGGGGCAAUGAACAGCUGGCUGGUCUGGCAGAUGCUCGGCAUCUAUCUACCCUGUCGUCACGCAGCCCGUGUAUCUGAUUGCGUCGCCGUGGUUCUCUGAUCUGAAUAUGACGAUCAAUGGGAACCAGACGUUGCGGAUCCGCGCGGCCGGGUUGGACGAGGGGUACUUUGUGCAAAGCGUGCGAAUCAACGGGGAGCCCUGGGAGAAGAAUUGGUUUGAGCAUGAGGAUUUGAUGGCCCAUGGGGGGACGCUGGAGUUUGCCUUGGGGGCGGAGAUGAAGACGUGGGAGACGGGGGCUGUGCCGCCAUCGCCGGGCCAUGUGCGGUUGUAGAUCGUGUAGGCUAGUUACGUGAUGCGGUGUCCUUCGAUAUAUGAUUAUAUGAUUACAUCGUUUCAUUAUGAGACGGCGCCGUUGAACAGGUAGAAUCAAGCAUAUUCAAUCGGAUAUCCUAAGACGCC